UUAUAAUCAUGUUGAAGGGAAAAAAGUUAGAUUUCUUGAAUCAUUCUACCGCUAAAGCCAAGAUUCAUCUUAACUUCGUCUAAAUUAUUUCGUUCCCUUAGUUUCAUUCAUGCGUUAUUUAAUCCAAGCUCAGUCUUGCUCACAACUAUCUCUCUACGGAAAUUUACGGAAUGCGACGGGCCUCUCUCUUUCUCUCUGUCUGUCUGUCUGUCUAUCUCUCUGCCUCUUUGUCUCUCUCUCUCUCUCUCUCUCUCUCUCUUUCACUUUCCCUCCUCUAGGAGAGUGGUUCAAAGAAAUUUAAUUUCAAUGCUAAAGUCAAACUGUCGCGCUUUGACGAAAGAACAUUCGUUUGAGUUUAUCUUCGAUUCUUGUUAUCUACAUUUUCGCUUUGAUUAUCUUCCUUGUUCGUCCUUUAGCGUCGUCGCUUCCAUCGAAACUUUUACCUUUCAUUCUUAUUCAUGAGCUAAUAGGGUAUAUUACGGGACGUAGAUUUAAAGUUUUGACGAAAUUUAAAUCCUUAUACGGAAGCCAACAUUGGAAACACUGUUUUAGCUGCAGAUUUCCUGCAAAUUUUCCAUCUAAAAGUUAUCGUCAGUUAAACUUUAUCAAUCGCGAAAAUUACCGACGUUUACGUUGCAGAGUUAAGUAACCACAAGUACAUGGCAGAUUGGUUAAAAAGUAAAAAACAGGAAAAACUAGAUUUUGCAGAACGAUCGACCUUAAAACGUUUUCCUGGCUGACGAUGGCCUUGUUUCCGUAACCGUAAUGAGUAAUGGGAAAACCAAUUGCAAUUAGAUUCGAAUGACGUGAUUGCAAUGAUACCGCUUGCACGAUUACUUGUUCUUUAGCCGCAUGGUUUGCGAGUAAGCAAACCCUGCUUGCGCUUGGCGCAGUUCCGCCUCAUCGUUGCUUCAUUAUCCGUACUUAACGAAGCUUUUCUGCAAAGCACUACGAUCGAUUCGAACCAGUUCCUGUGGAAAAAUAAACCAUCAAGCGGCUGGGAGGAAAUAUUCCCUAUUCACGUUGCCAUAGAUACGGAAUAAAUAAAAUUAUUUUGCAAUUAUUUCUUGUACCGCUGGAAUUUAUAACAGCUACAUGGUAAAUUAUUGUAUAUUGGAUAUUAUUAUACUUCCAUUGUCCUCUGCCACGGAAUUUAAGUCCUCUGACACAAAAGAAAAUCGCAAAAUUCUGUCAAUUUCGUCGCUGAUAAGCUACGCAACGGUAGAUGUAAAAUUUGGAAUUAAGAAAAGAGUAAAUAGAUAUAAUCUUCACAUAAAUCAGAGUGCGAUUGUAGAUUUUUUCACACGUCGUAAUGUGUCCGUUCAUCAUGCGAAUAAAAAUCUCCAAGCCCCGAAGGAAAGUUGAUUUUUCUUUCUUAGUAAUUUCGAACUCGCGAGUGAUCCUCUCGAAAGAACAGCUCGAGAAAGAUCACUUUAAAGUACGUGACGAGAGCAAAGAAGAUGCAUUUGCAUCUCAAACGGCUGAGAUUAAGAAGUUGAAUCAUUCCCGCGUUGCAUUACAGUACAGAAGCUUCUUACGGUAUGACCAAAUGUUCUUCGGCAAAGUAGGUUGCGCGAAACUCGUCCAGGAUACUCAGUUUAGAAAGAACUUUCCAGAAACACCUGACAAAUUUUAACAGCAACUUCUUCAGACACAUUUAUUAUACGUUAUCGAUACAACUUGGUAAUUGGGUUUUAACGACGUUACUUAAAAGCUUACUGCCUCCUCCGUUUAUUAAUCGGAAUUUUAAUCGAAGAAUAUUUUCUGAAUUAAACCGAGAACAAUUCUUACAUUUCUAAUAUCUCACUAAAUGGAAGCAUAUUUUAUGUACCACGAUAUUCUCUCGUUUCCUACAUUCUGUUGUUUCAGAGAAACAUGCCACCUUUCUCCUUUUUUCACAGAAACACGUAGCGAAAAUAAAACAAAGCAACGUGAUCUUCGAGAAACACGUUCGUCUUCGUAAAUCCUUCGAUAUUGUAAACUUGUUCUACGUUCUCUCUGCGAUGCUCUCGCAUUUCUGUUCCAACUCUGUUCUAAUAAUUACAAAUAAAAAAGGAAAUGAAGAUUCACGAAGAUAUAAGAAUUUCUAAUUCGACGUUGCGCAUCGUCUAACCGAUUACUUGUAAAUAAUUUCCAUCAUUUUUUGUCGCAGAAUUACAUUUACAAUUUUCCAUAGCUGCUCAGAUAGAGACAGCUCGAAAAAUUCCAAUCUAUAUUAUUGCGGCAAAUUAAUUGCACUUUUUGCGCCAGUAACUAAGCUACAAAAUCGCGUUAAUAUUUUAAUCACCUGUUGAGCUGCCAUUUCCUAGUCUCGCCAUUUCGCUCGGUACAAUAACAGUUUUAUUAAUGGUUCACGUUUUUCAUUAUGUUACUCUAAUGAUACAUUUACCCCUAUUCAUAUCUGAAGAUUUAUAACGUGCAAAUAUCUACGAUUCUUUCUCUUUUUCUUAACUUUUACGAAUUCAAUCGUCUAAAAAUGUUCAUUGUUAAAACGAAUUAAAUAAUCAUGCAAGUUAGCUCUUUUGUUCGGUGAACUUUCAGUUCAUAAAAUUGCCUAGCGCAAUAUCCAUCGUCGUCCUGUAUAAUUCAAUCGGGUCAGAGAAGGCAGUCCAAUUCUAAAUCUAACCCGAAAUGAAAUCUACGUUUCUGAAUCCGGUGCAAUUAACAGUGCGGUUAACCAAUAAUCGAAUCACAGAGCGUGAAGAGAAUCGGCGAAAGAAGAUUCAAGUGGUAAGAGGAUGAACCUCUUGAUAUUUCCUUGCGAGAACUUCACAAUCAAGUUUUGCAACCGACUCUGAGCAACAACCCUCCUAAGUUGGAAGAGCCACUCAACUAUCGAGCACCCACUUGAAAAGUAGAAACUGGAAGUCACAUGUUACGAUGCGAAACUGCGCAACCAGACCAGAACUUCUACUGCUCCGCCCCCGCAUCGCGAUAUCCCGAUAAAACCGCAACGUGCAUUCGCACCCCGUGAGCAGACACCCGCGUAACUGCACAUCGCCCCGAGCCACACCUGCGAACGCUACUUUGGAAGUUUUCCCGGGACCAAAUAAUUCUAAAACGAAAUUACAGGGAGGCGCGAGUUUCCAUCUAAAUGGCUGAAUUUUGUCGCCUCUGUGCGCUAUAUUCGUGGAAGGCAUGGAACUCACGUUCAAACAACCGAGAAGUAAAGCAGGUGCGGCGCCAUCAUUUUCAAUUAAAUAUAUUGAACGACGACGAGUGACAGCAGCUUUUUCGAACGUGGGAAACGUCGGGAAUAAAACAGUGAUUUUUAAUUCUCGUCCGUGCGUCUUGUAUGAAUUUGACGAUUGUUGCAUAAAUAUAAAGACGUUGCGUUUUUUCAAGUUUUUAUCAAACUGUUCCAAAUUUCUCUCCUCGAUACGAACACUCCGGUAUCGUUUCUUAAAAUGUUUGUUGCUUAAAUUUUCUAACAACCGCAAGUCGAGCCAAGUACGUUAACUUGUAUGAACACUUGAGUAGAUGUAGUAGGCUUAAAGUUAAACAACUCGAUUAAUUUAACCAAUUAAAUUGAUUUAAGCCAAUCUACUCUAGUCACUCUUAUGAGCUAUCACUCGAUAAUAUCAGAGGAUUAAAUAUCGUCCAUCAAAGGAAAGGAUCAAGACUUCAGGGAUUCGAAUCGAAUGAUCGUAACUAUCUCGGAUGUUGGGUUUUCAAUGUACAUUAAUCCGAGGAUCUUUUCUUUUGUUUCGAUCGUUUUCUGCCGCUGUCGAAUCGAAAGAUCCGGGCUCGUCUGAACUUCCAUAAUCCUCACGGGAUAAGGCAUCAGGUUAAAAAGAGGGUGGCGAUGGGAGGGUUACGCCCGAUGAAAAGUCGCGACCCAAAGGGUCUUCGAUGAGGCUCGCCGUGGCGAGUUCACGGAUUACGCUAAUAGGAACUCCAUGAAAUUUAUACGAGUAGCAGCUUAAAAGUUCAAUUUCUGUUCGUGGCCCCGGCAAAAGACCGAAACGUCGAUUCAAUUACGAUUAAAGGAUUAACAAAAUGCGUAAGGGUGGCGGGUUACUUUUUUCACGUCUCUUUUUCAUUCUCGUUCAGCCUCUUUUUCUUGCUUGGGAACUGGGAUAUGCUCGUCGAGGAUCCUCGAGCAUUGCCGAGUCGACUAACUCAAGAGGGCAUGAUAAUCCAACGAGGCUUCGACACUUGACUAUCUUGCGGCUUCCAUCACCGGUUCUUGCAUGUUUCGCUGUGGAUUUUCGUCCAUGCUUCUGCUUAAUCAUCUAUAAUCUAUGUCUUUUGUAUCGCCGCCUGUGAAAUAUCAUACGGUAGAUUCGAGUCCUUUCACGGAUGAUAGGAAUCAUUAUUUCCACCAAUUAAAGUCAGAUAAAAUCAAUAUAUGCAAUUGACCAAAUAUAUGCAGUAGACCAAACUGUAAAUGUCAAUAGAUUUGUAGUUUAUUCAAUACUAAUGAUACAUAAAUGUAGAAUGCAACAGAUUUCAUUGUAUCAGAAUAUUUGCGUUAUCUUCGUUACUGACUACCAGAAGAUUCAAGAAUUUCCUGCAAACUCUUCGAAGCAUUGGAAACAUGUCAAACAAUCUUUUAUACUGCUUAUUUCGUGCGCGGAAUAUCAAAGAAAACUCAGCAUACUCGGAUGAUGGAUUAAAGAUGUAGAAAUGUUUCUGUUCUAACAGUGCUGCCUACGUCUCUCGUAUUUUCUCUGCGUUCGAUAUGAUCCAAUAAAGCAGAAAAGUUUGACUUAAAUUUCAGAGUUCGUACGUAGUUGUCGCUAGCUCAGAAGAUUUAUGAAUUUCGAGUUUGGGAAAGGACUACUGGUGGGCACCUUGACGAACUUCGAACUGCAAACUGCAAACUCCUAAGUUUGCACGACGGCCAAAGGGUACGAUCCUCCACGGAACAGUCUUCGAGUCUUAAAUCUAUCUAGGAUACAGCGAUCAAAGUGUUUGUAACAAAUGAAGAAUACUCCUUGACGCCGUGUAACGCAAUACUUCAAAUUCAGCCCAUAACUAUUCAUCACUACGCGUACACAGCGCUGAAACUAUCACGUCGAGCUCUCUUCGAGCACCGAAUGAAAAAUUACGCGUCAACAUCCAUUGCCUUCCCUUCAACGAUGAAGUGUUUAUUCCAAAGCCUUGGGAAAACAGUAUGAAAAUGUUGCAAAUAUCUCUCUCUCUCUCUCUCGAUAAAUUAUACCAUUCAUCAUAAAUUGUAGGCGAAAAUGUUUAUUCGAUAAAAAUUUAUCGAACAAAAAGUGGUUUGUCAUCGUCUGAUGGACGACUUUUUAACCAGUACGCUUUGGAAAUGUUUUAUCAAGAAUUUGCUACUGUUUAGGCUAUCUUUUGCAAUUACUGUAACUUCGCAAACGUGCGUGACUUUUUUGAAUAAAGGAGAGAGAACAAGAGACGAUAGAAGAAAACUUUCGAUUGCAGAUACCCGCGAUAAGACUCGGGUGGAAAUAAGUUAUUGCCGUUACUUCCACUGCAUUAUCGAUGAAAAGUGUUAACGGACGAAUCCAGUGCCAACCGAUUUCCAAUAUCGGCUUCGUCACGAACUUUCGCACAUAACUUCGAGAAUAACGAUGUAUAAAGGGGAACCUUGAAAUAAAGGAGAGAACAAUAAUUUGUCUUUCCAUCAAAACCGGAUUUUCACAAGUUUCUUGGUCUGCAGCCAGAUUUUCUUGAGGAAUAUUUUUAAAUAAAGGCAAUCCUUCGAGUGACAAAAGGAAAAUUCUUAACAUGACGAAAACAUUAUGAGAUUGUUAAAUCGUCAAAGAUCAGGACUGUGAUUUUAUUAUUUGUAAAUAUCUAAUAAUAGAAUUUAUAACCGAAGUACAGUCCUUCAGAUACUCACGAAGCGACUUAAAGUGCUUCAACUCAGAAGAUUUUUACUCCAAAGAUAUAUACUAUUAAAAAAGCGCAAUGAAGUGUAAUAAUGAAAUGACCAGAAGCGCCAUUAAGUUCUGACAUAUCGAUUAUGAUUAUUAACCAAGAGUUUUAAAUUUAACAUUUAAAAAACACACACACAGACUCACAGAAAAAUAUUAGAACAAGGAGGCAAAAUCUAGUGAGAAAAAUCUUAGAAAUAAAUACAUUAUCAAGUUCUAUCGUCAUCGUCGUGAUUAAACCGAUCCAAAGGAAUCCUUGAGACAAAAAAGAAGGGAAAAGAAGAGAUUAAAAUAUCAACACGAAAAGUACCAAAAAGCUUUUGAUUGCUGGUGCUGGGAUGCCCCCAUGACAAAAGGGAGGCACGUGGUGAUGUCUUGUUGUUGUUGGUGUUGCGACAACCUCGGCAGUGCCGGUUCUUCAAGUGCUGGUGCUGGGGGUGUUGUUACUGGUGCAUCUGGUGGCAGUGUUGUAGUUGGUACUAACGCCAAUAACGCCGGUGGAAGUGGUCUCGGUAUUGCUUCCGGUCUUUCUGCGAUGCUGUCGUUAGUAGUCGUCACCAUCGCUAUCAGUACAGGAGAGUGGCUUUUGACGGAAGAGAAACUACCGAAAACUUCAUCGAAUGCUUCUGUGGAGCCUGACAGCAAAGUUACGUACAGUGGUCUGUGGAGAGUCUGCGUUGCUAUAAGCUCCCGCAUGGAAUACGAAUGCUCGAGCAUCGACUAUUUUCCAAACGAGGAAUACAGCCCAGAUCCCAGCGAUUCAACGAUGGCAAUACCAUAUGCAGUUACCAAGUCGGCAAUGUUCUUCUUCGCUGCAACAUCGCUGCUGGUGGUAGCCGAAGUUUGUUACUUCACGGCUCACGUUACUCACCCGAGACACAGACUUUGCGUCUUUGUCGCCGGCGUAGUCUUCAUAGUUUCCGGUUUGUUAAUGCUGGUAGGAAUGGUGAUGUACAUAUCUGUGUUCAAAGCUGAAGUCGGUAGCAAACUUAGACCAAGGUCGUCGUUUCAGGGACCACCCUUCACCUACAGGUACGGAUUCUCAUUUUUGCUGUACGUGAGUGGCUUCAUCACGACCGAGGUCGCUGGAACUUACGCCAUUUUCUUGUAUAUUUCUUGGCACCAGAAAGAACUGCUACGGAGAGAUUCCAGGCGAAAAAAUUACGGGGGCGUGUAUCACUUGGACAAUCACCACGUGCAUCAUGCAAAUCACGCGACUAUAGGCCACAGUGGUUUCCUCUGCGAGAGGCAUCAGAAGAGAUACUUCUUCGGCAGGGAUUCGGUAGAUCAUGUUGACUUCGACGAGUUCUUACCGCCGCCUCCGAAUUUGGAAUAUCACGACCAUUUUUCCAGGCAAUUUCCUAGGGACCUCACCACGCAGACGGUCAGUACGACAGCCGAUGUCCUGCAGGAAGAGGAAGAAGAAUACAGUCCCAGUGUUCAACACGAAUUCGUGACGUUUGAUCUUGACGAACCUCUACCUCCCCCACCACCAGUUAGGGGUGGUGAAUGGACCUUCGACACAUUGAGAAAAACGACUCCCGUCUGAUAUACCGUCAGAUACGCGAGACUAGUGCAAAGCGUUGAAAGCGACGAGGAGGACGAAGCGGAAACCGAGGAAGACCACGACAUAGCUGGCGAUUAAACAAAUCGACUCGCUUUUUAAUGAGAUACCUGAUACCUUACAACCGAGGAUCGGAUAGCUUUCAUCGUUCAAACUCCAGCAGAAAGCCACACAAAAGCAGACACUGAAGCAACGAGACUUGGGGGUCGAUGGAUUAUCAAAUUUCGGAAUUAAUAACUCGCCGAACUCCUGUUUUACACAACGUAACUCUGUAGCUCAAGAUAGUGAUCAGGGGAAAAAGUGAAAGGGGGAAAAACAUGAAAUACAUAAUCCACGAAUAAGGAUCAAGUGAAACAGUAACUAUUAAUUAACAUGUUCGAUUUCUCAAUUUAUUUUAUUGUGUAUUUUUCUAUUCCAUAUACUUUUUUUUUCUCUCAAUAGAGAUUGAGAAGAACACUUAAAGAUGAUAAAUGGUGACUCGGUAAACGUGAAACUUAAACUAUGGACUAAGAUUGAAGAAAACGAAUCGAGAACAAAAUCUCGAUCCUUCUUUUAAUAAUUUUAAUCAGCUAAAACGACUGCCAGCCUUGAUCUUCCAUUAUUAAUCGCAUAUGAGAUGAAUAUGAUAGCUUCGUUGAAACGAACCGUCCCAUCAUCGUUGAAAGAAAAAUAAAAAUUCCAGAAUACGGGAAAGAGCUUAAUAAUUAUUAAUUUAAUGAUCGUUAAAUUUAUAUUCGUAUGGAAGUCGUUGAUGAUAAUAUGUUUAUGUGAUAUGUAGAAUUUUUAGCAGGUAAAUAUUACAUAGAAAUAUUGUGUAAUACUCUCGAAUUCGUAAAAAAGAAACAUUCAUCGUUUUAUAUUCUGGCUGUUAAUGGGAUUGUCAUUUUCUAGUCGUUAGGAUUGUUUGUAUUCCUUCCUCAGAUAGAAUUUUUAUGGAAAGGAAUUAAGCGAAAGUUUCCUAAAAGACUGUUACAUACAUCUACCAUAAUGGAAUGCAAUCGAAACUGUAAAUCGAUUAAAUCUAUAGUUACAUAAGCAUUAGUGUGUUUACAGUAAUGGAAUAUCCAAGGUUUUACUUUUAAUACUGUGGGGACCAAAAACAACAGUUGUUUUUCCUGAUUCUAAUCAUUUUCUUAUCCUGUUUUUAAUACAAUUAAACGAUUCUUACGAAUUACUUAAACUUAAAAUUUCAAACUGGAAAACAAGGUCUUCGUGGUGUUAAAAUUAAAAUGAAUAUAAAGUCAUACCAAAGACUGCAAUGCCAAUGAAAAUAUUAAUCGAUUAAAUCGAGAAGAGAAAUUAUUGGAAAUGAAAUAAGUAUUAUGACCAUGAUAGAUUAUACUCGUGAAGGAAUUUUCCCAGAUGGAAAACAAGGAAUUGCAACCAUGAAUUUCAGAAAUUGAUACAGACAACGACGGUGAUUCAUUGUUUGUAUCACAAACUUGUUAAAAAGCCCACCUAACUAAGGAAAAUGUGCUGUACAGAACAUAUAAUAUUGUUACAACAUUAAUAUGUCUGAAAAUUUUUAACACAAUUAAAUAGUUAAUAACUUUUUAUACAGUAGUCAAUUUUCCACCAAAAUUUGUAUGCAGACUCAUCAAUUAAACAAAGAUGAAAGUUAUUAAGAUUACCUAUUAAUAAUUAGUCAAUCAAAACAGAUAAGACAACAAAUUUAAUUAAAGGUUUGAUGAAAUGGUACACAUAAAUCUUAAACUGUAUGACCUUUUUCUAAUUUUGUAUUCAUCACGUUGAAUAUCAUUGUAAAACAUUGGCAAAUAACUUCUUUAGCAAUAACCACCUUUCAUAAUUUAUGACAAUUUUCCUGUUCCUAAAUUUUUAAAUAAGUUUUUAUACAUGUACAGCUUUCCAGUCGCAUAAAAAUACACAUCUUAUAGACUGCUCAUAUAAACAUGAAACAAAACUUUUUUAUAUAACAUACCCAACUUAAACAUACAGAAGUAAUUCAUCAGCAAAUUUAAUUGGUGAGUAAGAUUCAGUGAAAAAGAUAUUAACCUACAAUUUUUUAUAAUACCAAUAAAAUAAUAUGUUCCUUUUAUGUGACUGAUACACACGCUAAUACCGUUACUAUAUAAAGACUUCAAUAAUUUUCUUUAAUUCUACACAAACUAUUUGUAAAUAAGCCCAGAUACUUGCAAUGCAAUAUAUGAUAUAAAAUGCAUUGCAAAUGAGAAUUCAUUUUGUAUUGUACAUUUGUAAUGCUCAGAAUCAAAUCAUUAUAUAUCAGUCUCUAAAGGACUUUUUGGUAGUCUUUAAGUAAAAUAAACCAAAAGAAGGCAACUGUCAUCUGAUAAAUUGAGAAAAGAAGCGAUUGAUCUUAUUAUAUAUGACAUUUGCCCUGAAAAGAAAGAGAAGAAAACUGUUUCUUGAAACGUUGCCAUUGUUUAUAGAAUAAUCCAUGUUCACUAGCAUGUAAUAGAAGUUUAUUGUUUAUGUGUUGGAUUAUGAUAAGCUUGUCCAAACUUUACAAUUUGUACAAUAAAGUUUCUUCAAAUUUAA